GGCCUGGCGGAGACCCGGACCUGCGGCGCCUGAAAGCGGGUCCGAACAGCUAGCUGCCCUUCCCGUCCCGCUUUGUCGCUCACUUCUUCCUCCCGUUCCUUCCGUCGUCCCUUGCUUUCCCCCCCGCGGCGGCUGCGCCGGCCUGACAGCGAAUCUGCCGCGAACACCGAAGCUGCGCGAACCGCCCGCCGCGCCGCCCGCCGGCCCCGCCUCCUCCCGGCUCUUCCUUCCUCCGUGCGCCCCCGGCGGGGCUGGCGGAACUGGACGCGGCCCCCGAACGUUCACCGGCGAUGGGAGGCCGGCCGUUCGGGAAGAGGACGUGACUGUCGGCGGCGAGGAGGCGCUCUUCUGCCCGGGGAAGCGCCUGGAGCGGAGAGCAGGUGGAAAAAAAUUCCAGAAGGGACCUGAGAACGCUGCAGCUGUUCAUUGGAAACCAGGAGGAAUAGAAUAAUUGGAAAAUGUGUCAGGGGAAGAAGGAGAGGACCUAGUAAAAGCACAUCAAGACUAAGACCAAGACCAAGGCAAAAGCACUUAAGAGUAUGCCCUUCCAAAGUGAUGAAUCAUGGAAAGAAUGAUUACAACGAGAAACGAAACCCUCAGAUUUCUUCAAUUACAACCAAGUGGGCAGAUUCUGUUCCUGAUUUUAUUGGCCCUGGGGCGCGCGCACCUGAUUUCUCCGAAGCUCAUUCAUUAGAGACCGCCUACUUGCUCUGGGGGUGGACAACGUGUGCAACAGAAAAACAAAAAACAAAACUCGGUGUCCGCGUCCCCUGGUGCUUAGGAGCGUGGGACACCGGCAGUGGCCAAAUCCAUCCAGGUCAGACCAGAAAGGCAGAAACAUUCCAGAUGUCUUCCAACAGUUACCAAGUUUCUGUCCCAAUGUCAAAAAGAAACACCAAUUGCAUCCCGGAGACAACCUCCAGUGACCUGAAGACAUUUACUGGCGGAGCUGUGUUAAGUUUUCAUAACAUCUGCUAUCGAGUAAAAGUGAAGAGUGGCUUUCUACUUUGUCGGAAAACAGUUGAGAAAGAAAUACUAAAGAACGUCAAUGGGAUCAUGAAACCUGGCCUCAAUGCCAUUCUGGGACCCACAGGUGGAGGCAAAUCUUCGUUGUUAGAUGUCUUAGCUGCAAGGAAAGAUCCACAUGGAUUAUCUGGCGAUGUUUUGAUCAACGGACAACCUCGACCUGCCAAUUUUAAAUGUAACUCAGGUUACGUGGUACAAGAUGAUGUCGUGAUGGGAACUCUGACAGUGAGAGAAAACUUACAGUUCUCGGCAGCUCUCCGGCUUCCAACAACUAUGACAAAUCAUGAAAAAAAUGAACGGAUUAACAUGGUCAUUCAAGAGUUAGGUCUGGAUAAAGUGGCAGAUUCCAAGGUUGGCACUCAGUUUAUCCGUGGUGUGUCUGGAGGAGAAAGAAAAAGGACUAGUAUUGCAAUGGAGCUUAUUACUGACCCAUCCAUCUUGUUCCUGGAUGAGCCCACAACUGGCUUAGAUUCAAGCACAGCAAAUGCUGUCCUUUUGCUUCUGAAGAGGAUGUCUAAACAAGGACGGACAAUCAUCUUCUCCAUUCAUCAGCCUCGUUAUUCCAUCUUCAAGUUGUUUGAUAGCCUUACCUUGUUGGCCUCAGGAAGAUUGAUGUUCCACGGGCCUGCUCAAGAGGCCUUGGGUUACUUUGCAUCCACUGGUUACCACUGUGAGCCCUAUAAUAACCCUGCAGACUUCUUCCUGGACGUCAUUAAUGGAGACUCCUGUGCUGUGGUGUUAAACAGAGAAGACACAGACGGUGAAGCCAAGGAGACUGAAGAGCCUUCCAAGACAGAUACUCCACUCAUAGGAAAAUUAACUGAGUUUUAUGCCAACUCCUCCUUCUUCAAGGAAACAAAAGUUGAGUUAGAGCAACUCUCAGAGGGUCAGAAAAAGAAGAAGAUUUCAGUCUACAAGGAGAUCACCUAUGCCACCUCCUUCUGUCAUCAGCUUAGAUGGAUUUCCAGGCGUUCAUUCAAAAACUUACUGGGUAAUCCCCAGGCUUCUAUAGCUCAGAUAAUUGUAACAAUCAUUCUGGGACUGGUUAUAGGUGCCAUUUUCUACGAUCUAAAAAAUGAUCCUGCAGGAAUCCAGAACAGAGCCGGGGUGCUCUUCUUCCUGACCACCAACCAGUGUUUCAGCAGUGUGUCGGCCGUGGAGCUCCUGGUGGUCGAGAAGAAGCUCUUUAUACAUGAAUAUAUCAGUGGAUAUUACAGAGUGUCAUCUUACUUCUUUGGAAAACUGUUAUCUGAUUUACUCCCCAUGAGGAUGUUACCAAGUAUUAUAUUUACUAGUAUAACAUACUUCCUGUUAGGAUUGAAACCACAGGUGGAGGCCUUCUUCAUCAUGAUGUUUACCCUGAUGAUGGUGGCUUAUUCAGCCAGUUCAAUGGCACUGGCCAUAGCAGCAGGUCAGAGCGUGGUAUCCAUAGCAACGCUUCUCAUGACCAUCUCUUUUGUGUUUAUGAUGAUAUUUUCAGGGCUGUUGGUAAAUCUCAGAACCGUUGUGCCUUGGCUCUCAUGGCUUCAGUACUUCAGCAUUCCUCGAUAUGGCUUUGCGGCUUUGCAGCAUAAUGAAUUUUUGGGACAAAACUUCUGCCCAGGACUCAAUGUAACAACAAACAGUACCUGUAGCUAUGCAAUAUGUACUGGCGAAGAAUUUCUGGAAAACCAGGGCAUCGAUCUCUCGCCUUGGGGCCUGUGGAAGAAUCACGUAGCCUUGGCAUGCAUGAUUGUUAUCUUCCUUACAAUUGCCUACCUGAAAUUGUUAUUCCUUAAAAAAUUUUCCUAAAUUCCUCUUUAAUUUACAUGAUUUACCCCACAUUAAAAAGGGAGCCUCUUGAUUUCAGUA